AGGAAGUGGACAGAGUGUCACAGCAGCACAGCACAGUAUGUGGUGGAGGGUGGUGAGCUUGCUGUCCUGGCUCCCCGUGCAAGCGGCCUUCCUGACUAACCAUGUGGACACCAUCACCGUGGAGGAAGGCCAGACGCUCACUCUGAACUGUAGCACUUCUCCCUCCCAGCCCUCCACCCUGCAAUGGCUGGCCCCCUCAGGGUUCACCAUUUAUUUUAAUGACCAUCCUGCUUUAAGGAAUUCUAAAUACCAGCUGCUUCAUCACUCCGCCAAUCAGCUGUCCAUCAGCGUGCCUAACGUCACCUUGCAGGAUGAAGGCGUGUACAAGUGUUUGCAUUACAGGAGCCCUGUGAGAACAAAGGAAGUGAAAGUCAUUGUGUUAGCAAUUCCUUCUAAGCCAACGCUGGAGGCUUCAGUUCUCAGAGGGCAAAACAGAGAAGGUGUUGUACUUCAAUGCUCCACCGCGAGAAGCAAGCCCCCUCCGCAGAUAACCUGGCAAGUAGGGAACGGCGUGGAGUUCUAUGGGGACACCCACCAUGAAUUUGAAAUGGAUGGGAAAACAUGUAAUACCACAAGCAAGCUCCUAGUCCACACAUACAGCAAAAACUCAACAGUGGACUGCAUUAUCCGACACAAAGGCCUGCAAGGGACCAAUCUGGUUGCAUCCUUCCGGUUUAAAGAUUGGGUCGCAGAUCAAGAGGCAACUUCCGAUGCCCUGGAGAAAAGCUCUCUGUCGUCCCAAGGCACGCAGCUUCCUACUAGCACGGGCGCAGUCAUGGAAAAUUCUAGUACUUCAGAGAUUGACAAGGAAGAGAAAGAAAAAACAACUCUGAACCCUGACUUAACCACCGAAGCGAAUCCUCAGUACAUAGGGCUGGUGAGGAGGAAGAGUGGAAUACUGCUGCUCACCCUCGUGUCCUUCCUCAUCUUCAUCCUCCUCGUCAUAGUCCAGCUCUUCAUCAUGAAGCUGCGGAAAGCUCACGUGAUAUGGAAGAAAGAAAAUGAAAUUUCAGAACACACAGUAGAAAGUUACCGAUCACGGUCAAAUAAUGAAGAAACAUCUUCCCAAGAGAAAAAUGAUCAAGCCUCUCACCCUAAGCGUUGCAUGAACUACAUCACACAGCUGUACUCAGAAGCAAAAGCAAAGAGGAAGGGAAGUGUACAAGGUUCAAAACUAAAGGAAAAGCACCCUCAUAUACCAGAGGAUAUCGUAUAGUGCUCCCUGCAGUAGACAACGUGAUGUCAAGGCAGCCGCAUCAUCCGUGGAGCAGCCUCUGGGGAGAAGCAUAAUGACCAUGACCUGAAAAGCAUCCUUUGAGCGCAAUGCAAGACAGUGUCCUCUGAUGAGAAUCUGCCCUCAAGUCAGGGCAGCUGCAUGAGGACCAAAGCAUGGACACGGAGCUCAGAGUUAAAAUAAAAAGAAAAAGAGGAAAAAGAGAAAAGAACCUAUUAUGCCUGACACUACUUCAGAGCUGGAGGAUUCCACCAGGCCUUCUGGAUCAGGGUCAAGGUGACCAGCUAACAUCUUACCUCGAAGGGAACAGGAUUUUUUCUUUUUUAGAUACUAGCCUCUAGUGGGACUACUUAAAAUUUUUCUUCUUAAAAAUCUUUUCAGGGUGGGUGUUGUGGCGCAGCAGGCUAAGCCACUCCUUCAGACGCCCACAUCCCUUGUCAGAGUGCCAAUUCGAGUCCCGCCUCCACUUCCUGUCCAGCUUCCUGCUACUGUGCCUGGGAGGUGGCAGGUGAUGGUUCAAGCACCUGGGCCCCUGCCACCCAUGUAGGAGAUCAGGAUCAGUUCCUGGCUCCUGGCUUUGUCCUGGCAUAGCCCUGGCUGUUGAGGGUAUUUGGGGAGUAAACCAGUGAAUGGAAGCUACCUCUCCCCACCCCUUUUGCUUCCCCCUCCCUUUGUCACAUCCCUUUCACAUAAAUAAGCAAAUAAAUAAAUCUUUUGAAAAAAUCUUUUCUUCUUGUCAUGAAACAAAGAUCUUUGGGAUGGAAAGCACCCACAGAAGAUCUCGGAUCCUGGGAGGGUACUUCGAGGUGGACGGUGAGAUGUCACAAGCACACGAUGACAAUGAAUGAAUCUGACAUUCUGUACACUCACUCCCCGGACACAAGGGAUGAGCUGAAGGAAGGCCCAGUGGUUAGAAUGGCUUAGAUUUUCUUUCUAAAUCAGAUGAGCUAGUCCGUUAGCCAAAGUUUUUACCGGGAUACGCCAUUACAAAAACAUGUACAAAAGAAAAUAAAAGUUUAAUUGAUUAUUAUCCAAAUUAAUGUUUUUUAAAAACUCCUUUAAUAAAGAGCAGAAAAUAGGGGCUGGUACUGUGGCAUAGUGGGUAAAGCACUGCCUGUAGUGCCAGCAUCCCAUAUGGGCAUCAGUUCAAGUCCCAACUGCUCCACUUCUGGUCCACCUCCCUGCUAAUGCUCCUGGGAAAGCAGUAGAAGAUGGCUCAAGUCCUUGGGCCCCUGCACCCAUGUGGGAGACCUGGAAGAAGC